AUGCCGCCAAAAACAGUCGAAGAGGACCUCGCCGAGCUUGAAUUGCUGGCAGAGGCACCUGCAGCUCCCCCGCCCAAGGUCAGGGCAUCCAAAGCUCCACGACAAAGGCAGGCCCUACCCGAAUCGACAUCAAAGGAUCUGGACGAUCUUGAGGCUCUUGGCAAGUUCACGCCAGAAGUCCCGCGACCGUCUAGCCGCCCAAACACGCCCAAACCGUCAGCAACGUCAUCCACAGCGUCAAGCAACCGUCGUGGCAUAGCGACUCCUUCUUCAUCCGGAUCGGCGCGCACGAGUGAGGACAAGGCGACACUACCGAGAAAGUCGGGGGAGAGUGCGCGCUCGUACCACCAAAGCUUUGCGCCGACUCGGGAGGAGCCCGCCAAGGCAGCACCCACACACGAAGAGCCAAAGCAGGGAGGCUCAUGGUGGGGAGGCGGCUGGGGAGGUCUGAUCUCGACGGCUACGGAAGCUGCCAAUGCUGCGAAGAAACAGGCCGAGGCCGCCUAUCAGGAGAUCCAGAAGAACCAGGAAGCGCAGCGGUGGGCUGAGCAGGUGCGCGGCAAUGUGGGCACGCUUCGCGACAUUGGAGGAGAGCUGGGCAGUCGCGCCCUCCCCACAUUCACAAACAUCCUCAACACCCUCGCCCCGCCCAUCUCGCAGCACGAACGCCUGCAAAUCCACAUCACGCACGACCUGAUCGGUUACCCAUCUCUCGAUCCCAUAAUCCACCAGUCCUUCUCCAAUGUCAUGGCGCAGGUCGAAGGUGGUGACCUGCUCGUCAUCCAGCGCGGCACCGAGUCUACACAGCGCAGCUCAGUCGACGGGUACAGGGGUGGUGGUGGAGGCUGGAACGACGGACCGUGGUGGCGCCAGACCGACAAACGCGACCUGAGCGUGGUCGAGGGACUGGCCGAGGGCACAAAGCUGACCAGGGUGAGCGCCGAAGCAUACGCGAACGAGUUCUUCGCUGCAAGGGGUGGCGUAGAAGCUGCUGCAAAGCAAGCCACACAAGCCCUGAGCGAGACCAACCCCGUGCGGAGCAGCGACAUCUUUAUCGCCAUCCAAGCUAUCAGCUACGAGGCGGACGAUGAGCUGUUCGGUAGUUCUUCGUCAGAAGAGGAUGAAGAUGAAGACGAUGACGAAGAUGACGAUGACGAACAAGUCCUAUUUGCCAUCUACCUCCACGACCCCAUCCACAGCAUCAGCUUCAAGGCCAUCAGUCAGGCCUUCCCAUCCAAGUGGGUGGAAUGGCUGGACGCGCCCGCCAACACAGAGGCAGCAGGCGAGGAACUCCAACUACCCGACGAAAUCCAAGAAAUCAUUGAAAACGGCGGCGUUGACCCUCGCGAGUGGGUGGCUGAGUGGAUGGAAGAAGCCAUCAGUCUAAGCGUCGGCAUCGUAGCCCAGCGAUAUGUCGCGCGCCGAAUGGGCGUUGGUGAGGGGGGCCUGGGGAGAGGGAUAGUGCGCGAGACUGCUCUGGAAGCAGGCGGGGGAGAGGCUGCACGAGCGGGUAUCAUCUGA